GCUUUAAAAGUGGAUUUAUGUGCAACUUGCUGUAGAAUGACUACAGAGAGGCGCGCAGUGAGCGAGGCCUGUGAGGGGCUCCGCUGGAGACGCAGCUGAAUGGAUCUAGGACAUUGUCACACAUUUUCAUCUUCACAGCUUGUCAUUCUUCACUGUUGGCUGGCAGUUUUUUGGCACGACUUGCAUCAGUGUUCCCGGGGAUUUCUAUCUGACAUCACAUUUUUGGGGACAGAAAAGAGUCAGAGAGCACUGAUGCGAAGUGUGUGUCCCUAGAGACCCAGAGCCUCAGUUAGAGCCCAUAGAGACACACUCCCCGGGGUGCCUGAUUCCUUCCAGGAGAUCCACACAGUCUGCACUGCACUGCUCUGGGACAAAAUGAGUCUGACAGCGCAGAAGAGCAGGUCUUGGCACUGACGGAUGCGUUGUCACGCGUAGGAUUCCAGAACCUCUCUCCAUCUUUUAUUUUUUUUUUCUCUUUUUUUUGCACUCCCCCCUCCUCCUCCCAGCAUCCCUAAUAAGACACAUGCUCCUGGGCUGGGGCGCUCACUCACACCAGCCUCUCCUGGCCGCUGCCGUUACGGGCUACGCGCUGCUUCCAGGACUGCCCGGCUUCAUGGGUUGAAAAGGGCCGUGCGCUCCUUCAGCUCUCACUUUCAUCUCAGCACAUCUCCCUGCACCUGAACCACUUCCAUCAUCCUCCUCAUCCUCAUAUGGCUCGUGCCCUGGGCAUGCUUGGACUUGCAGCUGCAGCUAAAGGCAGCGGCGGCCACAGCUGUCAGUAGACCGCUCCACCUGCCACAGCGUGGAAGGGGGCGCACCCCCGCCGCAUCCAUCUGCCUGCAGGGGGAGACCCAGCGCAGCUGGGCAGCAGAGACUAUGCAGCUGGGACUGGUGGCGCUGGUGGUGGUCUUCCUCAGCUCCAUGGGUUACAACGACAGCCUUAAAGUCUCCCGAGGAAGGAGGCACAGACGCACAAGUACUGAAGUACCGCCAUCAUGCUCCAGUGGUUGCGAAAGCUGCUCUGAAUAUAACGGAUGUACAAAAUGCAGACCGCGCCUUUUUAUCCUCCUGGAACGGAGUGACAUUCGUCAGACAGGGGUGUGCCUGGCCACUUGUCCAGUAGGAUAUUAUGGAAUUCGAAAUCGUGAUGUGAACAGGUGCACACAAUGCAAAAUAGAAAACUGUGCAGAUUGCUUCAGUCGAACAUUUUGCGCAAAAUGUAAAGAGGGUCUGUAUUCAUACAGUGGACGGUGUUACCACAGCUGCCCUGAAGGCUUAACCACUGUCAAUAGCACCAUGGAGUGUGUAGUGCAAUGUGAGCUGGGGGAAUGGAGUCCAUGGGGCCCUUGCAUGAAGAAAAACAAAACGUGUGGUUUCAGAAAGGGCACUCAGAACCGUAGGAAGGAUCCCACUCAGCCCCCGAGUCCAGCCACUGUUACUGGACCUGCGUCUGCCUCUACCUGUGCUCCAGAGACUGAGACACGGAAAUGCACUGUGCAGAAGAGGCUCCCCUGUGGAAAAGGAGACAAGGGGACGACUUCAAAGAACCCAGGACCAACAAAUGGAAAAAUCCGUGGUCGGGACUCCAAGGAGAGUGCCAAAGGGGGCGGCAAAAGGAAAAAGGCCCAGAAUUCAGCGACUACUGCGCCAUCCAUUAUAACGAGCACCGUGACCUAACCUUGCAGUAACAAGUAGUGGUGGACUAACGAAAGGAAAGAACAUGAUCCACCCCAAAAGGCUGCUGAGUGUCAAACUGAAAAGGAAUAAUGCUGCUGCGCAUUCAUGAAAAUGCUCAAAAAGAACUGGAGGAUUGCUGCAAUAAAUAAUGAACUAUGUACUGUAUUAAGCUAGAGGAGAAGUAGGAAAAAGGCAUUUGUCUGUGCAGUUGGAAGCACUUUGAAAGACUCUACUUCUGAAGGUUGUCUUUUUGUAAGUCUGGCCAUAAUGAGUGUUUGGCAGAAGCAAUGUUUUGUAAGCAUUUGAUCAAAGGAUUGAAGACUUCUAUAGCCGCAUCGUGGAAGACACUUCAAAUGAGGUCUUCCAUCCUUCCUUGAUUCCAGAACAUUUAAAAGCUGUUAACAUCCUUGUUGCUGUUUUCCUAAUCUCACUUUAAUUUGGUUUUCCUGCUCCAGUGUUGGCUCUGCUUACUUUUGUGACAGGUACCAAACAGAUGGAGAGUGUUGAUGCGCAACUUGUAUAAGUAAGCAUGGAGAGAAUGAACACUAUCGAGAUACUUUAGUUUUUUAUUUCUAUUUUAUGAUGAAACAAAAGCAAGUCACUGGAAAUAAUUUGUGGUUUAAGAGAGAGAAAGAGUUUAUUUUGAUAAUGGUCAUUUCUUUAGAUAAAAUGAUUCAAGAUCAAUUUGAAAGUAAGAUGACACCUGAAGUUCCAGACACCAAUCUUAUGCAAUGGUCUGUUAAACAAAGCUUUCCAGUUUUUAUCGCUUUAGCUGACAAUGUAUAACAAAAAAGCUGAUCAAACAAUACACAGUAAUCCGCACAGAAUGAAUGAUAAAGUGAAUGUAAAAUGUUCGUUUGAGUUGUAUGUGACCUGUGUUUGAGUGCGUGUUUAUGUUUGUAUAUGUCUCUGUGUUCUUAUGAGGGGAAAAGAGGGAUAAAGUUUGUGUGAAUGUUCAGAAUGGUCUGUGAGCAGAUGAACUCACUUAUCCAUGCAAAUAUGUGCUGUUUGGAGCAUGGACCGUAUGUCUACAUUAGAUUACAGGACACGUGUGACCAACCCACUGAAGUGAAAAGGAAAUGGGCACAUUGUACACAGAUAUUUCACUAGCCUCUACAUACCAUACAGCAAUCUACAUACCAUAUGGCUGCUCAGUUAUUAUGCAUAUAUGUUUGCAACAGGGACAGAUAUAUUUAGCACAUAAUCCAGUGAUGCUCCGCAAUAUGCACCAGUAUCAGAGAAGGCAAAGCUCUAUCAUACAAAUGAUGCAAUUUUAACUUUCAACGACAGUUUUUGUAGCAUUUUCUUAGUCUUUUUGCUUAACACAAACAUACUUGCUUCCUCAGUAGAUAUUCACCAUGGACAUUCAUAAUCUGAAUUCCAACACUGAA